AUGCCUUUAGGCAGAAAUUGGUAUGACAUUUCAAAGUCCUGCGCAGAUAAUGGAGACCCUGGAAUGGAUUGCUAUCCUCAAGUAAAUCAGGCAAGUCCAAUGACGGCCAUCUCUCCACAUGACUCGCUGACACCACUUCAGAUUAUAGACUAUCUUUCAAAAAACAAAACAAAGGAUAUGUUGGGUGUUCCUCGUGAUCAUCGUUUUGAAGUGAUCAGCUUCCGAGUCAAUGCUGCAUUCGUAUUGGCGGGCGAUAUGUUUGAGAAUAGCGAGGCUUAUCUCGUUGGCCUUCUUGAGAGAG